AGAUUGCUUCAUAUAUUCCAUAGAUAUAUUGUAUUAAAUUAUUGAAUGUGCGAUUCCGUAAAACGUCAAAGUUUUUAUACGAAAUACGGAUUGUCAUUUAUGUCGAUAAAUUUGUUGUAAAUAUGUAUGCGAUUCGAUGUGCAACACUUGCAAAUCUCUCAACGAUAAAAUCAAAUGGGCGCCGCCUGUUAGUGGCAUCUCAAUAUCGCCAACUGUCGACGCCCAAUACACAUGAGCUAGUGGCACACAAACAGCGGCAACAUUUAACAUCGCAUAUAAAUAAACCUUCAAUUAACACGAUCACCGACACUUUUGGACGUAUUCAUACUUAUUUACGAAUUUCAUUAACAGAACGCUGCAAUCUCAGAUGUCAAUAUUGUAUGCCAGCUGAAGGGGUUCAGUUAACCGAACAUUCAAAAUUGUUAACAAACGACGAAAUUUUCUAUAUUGCCCGUUUAUUCGUUGAACAAGGCGUACGUAAAAUUCGAUUAACUGGAGGUGAACCAACAGUUCGAAAAGACAUUGUUGAUAUUAUACGAAAUUUGAAGCAAAUUGAAGGUCUUGAAGAAGUCAAUAUAACAACGAACGGCAUUAUGUUAACACGAUUAUUGGUGCCGAUGCAACGGGCCGGCUUAAGUGGCGUCAACAUCAGUUUGGACACAUUGAAUAGCAUGAAAUUUGAGCAAAUAACACGACGAAAAGGUUUUGACCGUGUUAUUGCCGGCAUUGAUUUGGCAAUACAAUUGGGCUAUAAGCCCAAAGUUAAUUGCGUUGUUAUGAAAAAUUUUAAUGAUUCGGAAUUAUGCGAUUUCGUUGAGCUGACAAAAGAACGUAAUGUGGAUGUUCGAUUUAUCGAAUACAUGCCAUUCACGGGCAACAAAUGGGAUACAGAGAAAAUGGUUACAUACCGUGAAAUGUUGUCAACGAUCCGUGAAAAAUAUUCCGAUUUUCAUGAGCUACCAAAUAAACCAAAUGACACAUCAAAAGCGUACAAGGUGAAGAAUUUCAAAGGUCAAAUUGGUUUUAUUACAUCGAUGACCGAACAUUUUUGUGGUUCGUGCAAUAGAUUACGAAUCACAGCCGAUGGCAAUUUGAAGGUGUGCCUCUUUGGAAACAAAGAGAUUUCAUUAAAGGAUGCCAUCAGAGCCAACUGCUCUAAAGAUGAUUUAUUGGCCUUGAUUGAAUCGGCCGUUAAACGUAAACAAAAACAACAUGCUGAACCAUCUUCAGUACGACUAUCAUCGCAUUUAGGAUACGCAAUGAAUAAAUCGUCUGAUUCAAACUACCGCUCAAUUUCAAGGCAUCUGAUGUUGACAUCAAACUAUCAACAAAUGCGACUUUUUGUAACCACUGCACGGAAUUUAAACGAAAGUUCCACUGAAAAUGCAACACCGAAACAAUUAACGCACACUGAUGAUGCGGGAAAGGCUCGAAUGGUAGACGUCAAUCAUAAAACGAUAACCGAACGGCUUGCAGUGGCUAGUGCUGUCGUACAUGUGGGACCCGACAUUGCCAAAUUGAUCGAACAAAAUUCGGUGAAGAAAGGUGACGUUUUAUCGAUUGCUCAAAUAGCCGGUAUUAUUGGUGCCAAGCGUACGGCUGAAAUCAUUCCAUUAUGUCAUAACAUUCCAAUAUCAUCGGUUGUGAUAAAUACUGUGCUAAAUCUCAAUGAUAAUUGUGUGAACAUUCGUGCAACGGUAAAAUGCGAGGGUAAGACUGGUGUGGAAAUGGAGGCUUUAUGCGCUGUUACAACGGCCGCACUUACAAUCUAUGACAUGUGCAAGGCUAUUUCAAAAAAUAUCACCAUAUCUGACAUAAUGCUGCUGAAAAAAUCGGGUGGAAAACAGAACUAUCAACGCGAUGACUACAUUGAUUUCGAUGACAACAAACCGACGACGGCUAAUAAUGAGAAAAUUGUUAUACAAAAUUACAAUACUGAACCAAUUGUCACCAAAGAGCCAUUUUAUCCAACGCAUAUUUGAAGUACAACAACCAAUAUGCAAUCGAAUCUCGGUGUUGCAAUUCAAAUCACAUAACAUAUAGUUUUGUAUCUAAAUAUUGGGCUCUUCGUUGGGAAUUAGUUUUUUUUUCGAGCAUAUUCAUUUAUGAAUAUGUAUGAUAUUAAAAUGUUAUAUAUUUUUUUGUCCUUCACACAUUUUAUUUUCUUUUUAU